UCGCGGUGGAAGGUGCUUGAUUGUUGCUCUCCUUCGUUCCUUAACCUUCGCGCGGCACUUCGAAACGCUUCGCGCCCAAACAACACGGAUUGUUUUACCAAGCGGUUCGUGACACGUUGUGCAAACAAAACCAGUGGUCCCCCCGUCGAGUGUCCGACGGUUUCGAGUGCUCGCCGAGGAUUCGAGCACGUUGCGCGAACAAGUUGCCGCGUUACGCAACCCGUUGAUUCGCGUCACGCGGGAAACGACGAACUUGCGGCGUGUCCUCCCCGCGUCGCAUUUUUUUCCGCUGUCACGCAGCCCGUCUCAAGGAUUGUCCGGAUACACGAGCGGACGAUAGCGAGGACCUUCGAAAAUUCUAAAGUGGGCAUGCGUAUCGAAGAUCGGUCUCAAGCUGUACACCGAUGACGCAGGAGUCGGUGACGAGGUGACGACGACUACGACGACCACGACGAGCACGACGGAGACACACGAAGAAACGAAUCAACCAAUCAUGGUUAAAAGCGACGAGAGGCUGCCUGGCACUUCCACGAGGCUGAGGACCAGGGACGACGGUUGCUGCUCCGUGAACUUCCUCAAAUAUGUUCUUCACAUUUACAACGUGGUGUUGUUCCUGUCUGGACUGGUUGUGGGCGGCAUCGGUAUCUGGACGGUGAUUUCGAAGCACAGCUACGUGUCCCUGAUGAUGACUAGCACGUACCCGAUGCUAGCUUACGCUUUGAUCGUUGCUGGUGUCCUGGCUGUGGUCGGUAGCUGGCUCGGAUGCGGCGGUGUAACUGCUGAAAAUAGAUGCGUUCUUCUCAUAUACGUGUUCGUCGUGAUGCUGGUGUUCAUCCUGGAAGCUGGAGUCGGCGCUCUGGCGCGACUCUACGAGGAACAAGUCGGGCCUGAAUUGAAGAUGAGCCUCAAUCGUACCUUCCUCGAGAACUACUCCGUGAGGAGCAGGGAAACUGCCGCGAUCGACCAGAUGCAGAUAGAGUUCAAAUGCUGCGGAGCCCUGAGAUUCGAGGACUGGCUGGUGAGCGAGUGGCACAAGGACGAGGAUGUCCUUAUCGAGGGGAGCCUUGUUCCCAAUAGCUGCUGCAAAACCCCGACGCUUCUUUGCGGAAGGAGGGACCAUCCAUCGAACAUCCAUUACACGGGUUGCAUCUACAAGUUCCUGGAGACGACGAAGGACCAUUUGAUAAUCCUGGGCGCGGUGGGUCUGGGUCUGUCCGUGCUGGAGCUGUUCGGGAUCGUUCUCGGCUCGUGCCUCUACAUAAAGCUCCGGCACGAUUUCGACGACUGAGGAUUGCUUCAAGUCCGCGAGAGCAACAACAACGGCCGCUCGUGGUGCAGGUACAUGCAGAACGACGCAGGAGCCGUUUGAUCGUCGGGGCGUAAGGACGAGGAGGAACGACCGCGUCCAAAGGGGAACCGUUUUCCGUCGUUGUUCGCCAUUCAGGAUGUCCUACCUUCCUGACUCUUCCUCCGCUCCACAAAGAGCCAGACUGCAAGAUUCGUUCCCUCUCCCCCCUCGCGUUCCUCUCUGAAACGGCGCACAAAGCGAUUCGGAGGGGGAAAAGCGGGCGGAAAAGGAGAUCGUGCGUGCGUUCCAGCCACCGCAACGACGGAAAUCAUCAAAGAGCUCUAUCCACCUCCUCCUCCUUCGCUGACUCCCCCGUAUUCGCGAAAAGCACGGGACAGAAAAAGGAAAAAGGGAGACGGACUAGCCCCGUAGAUCACCCGGUGUCCCGGGAAUCGAUGGGAAACGAGCAACGAACCCUGUCCCGGCGUUUCCCUCGGUUGGCUGAUCCGUCUACGCGAGAACAGAGAGGCCAAGGUAUCGUCCUUGGUCGACGACGAACACGCAAGAGGCUAAUUCCGGCCGAAGAGGAAGGCUCUUUCGAGUCCAGUGACUCUUUUGCACGAAUUUCGACUCGUGGGGGAUAUCCCGUUGUCCUCCCUCGACGGGAAAAGGUUUCGACGACCGUUUGAACCGACGAUGUCCCGUUCGAAGCAUCAAAGGCUCGCGGCGUGUUGUCUAUCCGGGACCCUAUGUUGAAAUUAUUAUACACGGGAAGAGGUUGUUCGCUCGUUAGCGACGAGUUACGCUCUCCUCUGUACACUGCCGUCACCGAAUCCGCACAAAUGUUUCGAAAGUCUUAGCUACGAGGAGCAAGGUUGAACCAUUACGGUGGGAUUUCCCGUCAGCGUUCGCGACUCCAGCGCGAUUGUAACGCGCCUUGUUUGCUAGUUGCGUCACGAUUCGAGUGUUAUCAAAGGGGAUGGUAAUUUGUUGUCUUUGGUGUCACCGGAAUAUUCCCUUGUUAGAAGUUCUUUUCUAUUUGAUGUAGGUGGGGAAAAGUAUCGCGAUAUUUCAGCGGGUUAACGUAAAGGAAAAGGGAAAUAGUCCAAGUGUAUGGUAAAACCUUGAUUUAACGGGUGGAUUUCGAUCUGGAGCAUCCCAAAGUUAUUUUGUCAGAAAUGCUCGAGACUGCUCUGUUAUUUGACUCGAAGGAAAAUUGUUAAUUUAUCAGAGAUACUGCUAACUGAACUUCUAACUUUUAACGCGAGAAAUUAUAUCACGGUUCGUUGAAACGAGAUUUUUACCGUAUCGAUGGACCAUCUAUUGAUCGACGAGGAAACAUUCGACAGUUCUCCUGAUUGAGUAGCAACCAAGCAGAUUUUAUUCUGCAUUUUAUUGGCACUUGAACAAGAAUUACUAUUCAGGAGACGUUUCAUUCUCUGCACGUAUCGACAAGACCGAUCGCGGCGAGUUUGUCUCCGGAGUAGGGCUGGAACUACUCGAAUGAUUUACUAUUCGAAUAUUUGACAAAUACCCUAACGCCGCGGAAUAAAAUUCGAGCAACUCGAGUACUCGAAUAUCGACUCUUGCUUCGGCAAGUGUUUAUAAAUUUUUUAUAAACAAGCAACCGUCAAUUUUAAACGAAUUUACAAGUGAUUUACAAAUUUAUACUGCACACAUUGUUUAUAAAUCUUUUAUAAACUCUGGCAAAUAUACAACGAUGGACGUCCGACCAGAGCUCUCCUAGUCCGGGACCAUAGACUUUCGUUCGAAUUUUUAUUCGUUCUAUCGCGGAGGUAUUCAAUUCAAAUCUUUUACCCGCGAUUCGAAAUUUGUAUCCGGACAACAAGUUCCCCCAUUCUCGACCGGGACGAUUGUCAGACCGUGCACGUCUUAAGCGAUCGAGUUCAUUGAAAAACGUUUAUCCGGGGGAACGAGUACACGCGUCCCCGUCGCAUCAACGUUGGAAGCUUUCGACGUUGAUAGGAAAUUCCACCUCCGGGGGCUCUUUCAACCUAGAUACGGUUAAACGUCUCGAGGAGAAGAGUCCUCAGCCAAUAAAAUCGGGACUCGCGUCCGAGCAGGUCGCGAUCGAAUCGCACCGACGUUCCUCGGGGACGAGCGGUCCCCAUUUGUCGAUAAAACGGACCACUAAAUCGUCCUGUUUUUUUUUUUCACGGGAGAAAAAAAAAUACACACGAGAGAUAGAGAGAGAAAAAUGAGAGAUCUGAUCGGUCGAGCAACUACGAACGGACGAUCGUUCUUCGCUCGCGAACGUCGUACGCGUUCACGGAUUCGCUGCUUUCACGAUGCUUUCUGUUUCUCCUCCUGCCACCCCUCCCCCUUAAUUUAUUCUACGAGAUCGGAGUUAAUCUUGCGGAUCGUUUACAUCCGGAACGCGUAUCGGCGGUCCAGCGAUCGAGUGAUCGAUUCAAAUCGGUCGCGCCGGCCACAGAGACGAACUGUAAAAAGUGCCUUGACGAAAAAUAAUACUACGUUAUUUAAAGUCCAGAGAUAUUUUAAAUUAUCGUCGAUGUAUAUUCGAGGAGGGUACAAGUAAACGCGCGAGCGUUUUAAAAUGUACGUACAGUAUUUAUACAUAUAUAAAUAUAUAUAUUUAUCUGUUGCUUCGCAGGUUAAUACGAGAGCCUUCGCACAAUUAUUUAUAAAACGUGCGCCACGUUCGUCGUGCAACGAAUGCUACCGGGGGGGCCCCGUUGCGUCCACGUUCGCGUCUGGGAAUCGUUUCGACCCGUCUUUACGCGAAAGCACCCUGUUCCCUUUUACGAUAUCCAUUCUCUCUCAAGCACUUUUCACGCGUACGCUUUUCUAUCCAAUGUGACGUCCAUGGAACACGAAAUCACGGCUCCAAAGCGCAUCGAAAUAGCCUUCGGGCUCUUCUUAGCACGAGAAUUUUAAUAAUUUCUAAGAUCCUUCGCGCGGAGAGCGUUCAUGGUUUGUACCAGCGAUUCCCCGUAGCGAUCGUGGACGCGAUUUUGGCGCCGCGCUCGAGACGAAGUCUAAGACCAUAUUUUACUAUUGUACGAUCGCCGCCGUAUGUUAUAUUUUAUUCUUAAUGUUAUUGUCUUCAUUGGUAUUACAUGUACGUGUAUUAUCUGUUAGAGUUUAGGAGAACUUUAUAAAUAUUGUACAUAUCAGACCCUAUUCUGUUACGAAUAAAAAGU